GGUCCAAAAACGGAUAAAAACUGAGGAGAUCCAAAUAAAAACUGAAAUUUUUGUCGAAAAUUUAAAUUUUCUUGAAGAAACUGAGUCUCAAAAUGACAAAAACAUGAAAGUGACUCCAACUUUCACUCAGAAAUGGAAUCUCAGUCUGAAAAUCAGACGAAAAAUCGACGCGGCAAGUACCGUUCCAAGGAAAAUCGAAGUUUCACGUGUGAUUUGUGCGAUCGGAUGUACAUUGAACGCAAUAAUUUACUGCAACAUUACAACAUCAAGCAUCCCGAAGCCAAGACAGCCGUCUGUGAUCACUGCAAUAAGCUCCAAUAUCCCCAAUUGAUGACUUCGCAUGUCCAAAGGUGUCGUACACGACUGAAAAACCUCCGUCAUGCUGGAAAAAAUCAAACUCCCAUUCGAGGAAAGUACAAAAAGAGGGAUCCCACGCGAGAAAAAGUCGUCUCACGUGUCAAAUCGAAGGGACUUUGUCCAAUUUGCGGCGUUGAAAGGUCCCAAAGUCACAUAAAAGAUCAUCUGGAACGCCAGGCAAGCGAUAACAAGCCCUUCAUUUGCGACAUUUGCGGCUCAAAGCUCUCAUCGCGCAUCGGAAUCUUCUUUCACAUGCAAGUGCAACACCUGAAAAUCCCCUUUAAGUGCCGUUAUUGCGACAAAGAGUUCCGAACAUCGCAACAAGUCGAAACGCAUACCCGUAAAAUCCAUCCGGAGCACAAAAAAGUGCUAAAAUGCGAUUUUUGCGAGUACACGACGGAUUAUCACACGUCGCUGCGAACCCAUCGAGCCAAGCACACCGGAAAAACCUUCCAUAAAUGCAAUAUUUGCGGCAAGGAGUUCAUUCAGAAGGAAAAAUACAAUUUUCAUGUGGCUCUGCAUUCGGAAGAGCGAAAUUUCGCUUGUGAAAUUUGCGGGGCGCGCUUCAAAACAAGACGUUACGUGAAAGUUCAUCAGCGAACGCAUUUCGAGAAGAAUUACGAGUGUCCCGUUUGUCAAAAAACUUUUUCGGCAAACCAGCUGAUGACGAAUCACGUGAAAAAUAAGCAUCCGGAGUAUCAGUUGCCGCCGCCGGGUACGAUUAUGAGCAAAAGUUACAGAAAAUUAAUGGCGGAAAAGAAGUUGAAGGAAGAGGCGAUGAGGAAGGGAGCUGAUCAAAGGACUGUGGAUGCGAUUGUUGUGCAUGAAGCGCCGCCCAUCGAAGAGUUGCACAUGAUUCAAAGUUUUGGGGCACGACAUGAUUAAUGAAUUUAGAAUUUGAAUUUAAAUUUUCUUUAAAAAAAAUUAAUUUUCUUUUAAUAAUUUUUUAGUUGAAAAAUUAAAAUUUUUACAAAAAAA